GUGCCCCAUCCUCAGUUUUUCUCCAGCAUCUGGAAUCUGUUCAUUCCACCAAGACAUCCUUUGGGGUUACUUAUUGUGGGAUUCGGGGUGGGGUGCAGAGGAGGACGCUGCAAAGGCACGGACUACAGGGGGCAAUCUGUGAAGUUGCGCCCCAGGGGUGUCCUGGGCCCCUGGACACGCGGAAGGGGACCACUGCAGUUUUACAGUAUAAUUGUGAUUUCCCACCUUUCAAGAAUUUUCCGAAGAAAUACAGCUCCCAGCUAGACUGAGGCCCAAGUACUGCCUUGGUCCAGGAUGGCUAGAGACUCGAAGGAAAGCGCAGCCUUGGACGCCCAGUCUGCAGAGGACCGGACCGGGAUCCUGACCGUGAAGGUGGAGAAGGAGGAAGCCUCCGCCUUGGCUGCUGAGGCGGGCGCCCCAGGCAGCCCAGCUCCGGGCUCCGAGCACUCCCGCCAGCGCUUCCGAGGCUUCCGCUACCCGGAGGCUGAGGGGCCCCGCGAGGCUCUGAGCCGGCUCCGGGAGCUCUGCCGACUGUGGCUGCGGCCAGAGGUGCACACUAAGGAGCAGAUCCUGGAGCUGCUGGUGCUGGAGCAGUUCCUGACCAUCCUACCGGGGGACCUGCAGAGCUGGGUGCGGAAGCAGCAUCCGGAGAGCGGGGAGGAGGUGGUGGUGCUCUUGGAGUAUUUGGAGAAGCAGUUGGAUGAGCCGAUGCCGCAGGUCCCAGGUGGUGAACAGGGGCAAGAACUGUUCUGUUGCAAGAUGGCAGCGUUGACACCAGCUCAGAGGUCACGAAAUACCCAGUUCCAGCCAAGAAAGCCUCCACUCAAGCAUGAAUCUCUGGGAUCCCACUCCCUACCAGACAGAGUUCUCCAGGUUCCUAGGCUUGCCUCUGGAGGGCGCUGCAGAGAAGAUGAAGUGGUAGCCGCCAGGCUUGCCCCAGAGUCCCAGGGGCUGCUGAAAAUGGAAGAUGUGGCCCUGACCCUCACUCCUGGAUGGACACAGCUGGAUUCAUCUCAGGUGAACUUCUACAGAGAUGAAAGGCAGGAGAACUGUGGCAGCCUGAUCUCCUUGGGUGGUGCAGUGCAGACGAAGAUCAGGGACCUGCCUCCAGACGAGGACCAUCCAGGACAAGAGUCUGGGCAGAUGCCAUGCCACCUGGGUGAAGCCAUUGGCCAGAUUCCUGCACGUGCAGAAGCUGGUGCACAGGAGGGCAGGUUACAAAGAAAGCAGAAAAGUGCUGCAGGGAAUAGGCGGCAUUAUUGUCAUGAAUGUGGAAAGACUUUUGCUCAGAGUUCAGGCCUGACUAAGCACAGGAGAAUCCACACUGGGGAGAAACCCUAUGAAUGUGAGGAGUGUGGCAAGACCUUCAUCGGGAGCUCUGCCCUCGUCAUUCAUCAGAGAGUCCACACUGGGGAGAAACCAUAUGAGUGUGAGGAAUGUGGCAAGGUCUUCAGUCACAGUUCAAACCUUAUCAAACACCAGAGAACUCACACCGGGGAGAAGCCCUACGAGUGUGAUGACUGCGGGAAAACCUUUAGCCAGAGCUGCAGCCUCCUUGAACAUCGCAAGAUCCACACUGGGGAGAAGCCAUACCAGUGCAAUGUGUGCGGCAAAGCCUUUAGGCGCAAUUCACAUCUCCUGAGACAUCAGAGGAUCCACGGCGAUAAAAACGUUCAGAAUCCUGACCAUGGAGAGACCUGGGAGAGUCAGGGGAGGAUGGGAAGCCAGUGGGAAAAUGUUGAGGCUCCCGUGUCUUAUAAAUGUAAUGAGUGUGAGAGAAGUUUCACUAGGAAUAGAAGUCUUAUUGAGCACCAAAAAAUCCACACUGGUGAGAAACCCUAUCAGUGUGAUACAUGCGGAAAAGGCUUCACCCGAACUUCAUACCUUAUUCAACAUCAGAGAAGCCACGCUGGGAAAAAAAUUCUGUCUCCAUGACCCAUGUCUUAUAUGCCAGAGUUGGUGCUCACUCCUCGUUGAACUGAAGCCACCCUGGAGCCCUUGCUGACUAGAAAAUUGUGAGCUGGGCUUUAUUUACUCCCACACAUCAUCAGGUGUUUGUUAGAAAACAGAGACUGGCUGAGGUGAAUUAUCUUCUACAUCUUAGAAGGUGACUGAAAAAAAAAAACUUGUUUGAUAAGAGGCUAUGGGAGAGUUGUCUGGAAGAGGUCAGACCUGAAAUGAUUCUUACCUUUUAGACUUAAAUGGGCUUCUAGACUGGCUAAUUAAUCACCCUCGGCCAGCACUUUAUGACGUCUCCUGGGUGGAUGGCUCUGAUUUGGGGGGCUGCUGCUCUGACUGUUCAUUUUGCCUAUAAUGAAUUCCUCACCAGUUGGUUGGAUCAAUGAUGUCUUAUACCCCCAUUGUGCCUUGCAUACAGGUGCUAUAAACAUUUAUUAAAUAUACCAGUGAAACGACCUUCAUAGCUCUGAAAAUCUAAUGUUGUCUAGAUUUCUGAGGACUAUCUAAGGCCAUUUGUGUGGGCUUAGUCUAAUUCUCUGAGGUUCUAGAUUCUGGGUCUAGAAUAUUUAUCUAGAUUCGGAUUCUAGUAUAUUUAUUGUCAAAUACGUAAGAUUGUCAUAGUUGGGGUGGAGGAAUCCAUAUUUUUUCACCAGCAUAGUAGUUAUAGUAAGAAUGCCUUAAACAGCUUCUUUAUCAUUAAGACAUUGUGAGACUGCUCCAUCUGUACAAUUCCAGGCUAUAGUCAACGUUAACUACAUUAGUUCAUAUUAAUUUUGCUACUCUUUAGGGGGAAACCUUUCACAUUCAGGUAAAUAAAAAUCAAUUUACCAAGUCAGAUCAAAACUAUUAUGAAUCUUGAUGAAAAUCCUAUGAUGCGAGAAUUCCCUGGCUGUCCAGUGGUUAGGACUUCACACUGCCACUGCUGAGGGCCCAGGUUCAAUUCUUAGUUCGGGAACUAAAAUCCCACAGGCUGUGCAGCCAAAAAAAUUUAAAAAUUAAGAAAAAAAUAUCCUAUGAUCCUCAACAGCUUGUUUCUCACCUUUCGGUUAUCUUGGGCCUAACCAAGUGCCAAGACACCAUCUAUAUCCCUCUCUCCCAACUUAAAGUCAAGUGUGCAUGAAAGCUCAUGCCAGCUAAGCUUAAACUCCCUCCAGGUCAGAGGAUUCACACCAAACGUUUAUAACAAGUAUUGUUCAUGUUUUUAAAACUGCCCUGUGGUUGGGGAGAGGGAGAUUGGGUCAGAGGCAGCCAAUGUUGAUAGAGACCCAAGUAUGGGCAGUAGGAGAAAAUGUAUCUUUUCAGAAACACAUUGGGAGUCCUGGGUAUCUGACCAAAACGAUUCCACAACAUUCAGAGUAUCAACCUGUGAAGUCAAGACUCUCAAGAAUUUCAUGAUAUCUCCUGUUUUCACCCAGAUCACCUUCUGCUAAGUUCUUCAGAGACUGCUACCUUCUUCGUAGGUGCCUGAGUGCCCAUCCCCAGCUUCCAGCUUUAACAAGAAUGGGUUCUGCCUCUGAGGAAAUCGUCCCCAGCAUAGCGUUUUCUUCUGUUCUCAAGUACCCUUGCUGGAUUCCUGCUCUGAAGUACCCCUGGCUGACUAGGGACUUUGCAAACUGUGGGGCUCUUCCUUUAUCAUUUCCCUACAAUCUUUCAUUGCCUUCAUUAUCCUCUUGUUGCAGUAUAAUUUAAAACUUUAGUGUUCUAAAAUCCUGUAGACGUCCUCCAGUUAAUCUUUUCUAGCCUUUUAAAAUUUCCUUUUAAAUUAACCGUAUUUUUGUUACCUCCGCAAAGCUAGCCAUUUCCUCUUAUCUCCUUAUCUUUAUUUUUCCUAAAUAUUUGCUAAUAGCCCUGAUCUUAAACAUUGUUUAUUUUUCUUUGGUGUUUGUUCCUUAUGUCAUGUAAAGAGAUACAUAUAAAGCCUUUUACAAACCAGAAAACAUUAUACACUUAAUAAGUAUAAUUUAUUGAGAUUAACAAAGGAACACUGCACCUCCUUUCACUCUUUCUGCUCCUUCCAAACCUAAAAGACUUCUCCAUAGAGGAAGGAAAGAUUAUAGAAAACUACUUUUGAGUGCCUACUAUGCCUGACAAUGAAAGCAAUAAAGCAUACACACACACAUGCAUACAUACUUGGGCUUAAGCUUUCAGUAUAGUAAUAUUGAUAAGACUUGCACAUAAAAAUAAGACAGUGCCAUGGUAAAUAACUUGUGAGUGGUGAACUGAAUGCUGUGGAAGUUCAGAGGAGGGAAAGGUUACUUCUGGCUGUGUGCUAUUGCAUGGACAGGGUGACAUGUUAGCUGAAAAGACUAAAGGAGUUUGUCAAAUUUAGUAACUAAGGCAAGUUUGAAGAGAUACAUACAUUGUAGCGGCCUUCAGUGCCGGAGCAAGGGGCUGAAAUUUUAUUCAGUAACACUGGGGAGCCACUGACAUUUUAUGAUAAAAAUAUUAUUUAGGAAACUAUCUGGCAUUAUUGUAUAAUUUCAGAUUAAAAAGUUACUUUGCUGAUAGGCUUUUAGACACCCCACUUUUGUAUAUAACAAAUGUGUGUUUAUAAGUAAGUGAAUUAUAAAAUGGGUUUAACUCUAGCCUAUUUAAAAGGAUGGUCAAAAAAAUUAUUUUCAGAUGAAAUUAGACCCCAUAAAAUAAGCUGCUUAGUUAGAUAUAAGCAGUAUAUAAAGUGGAAUAAAACGUCACUUUUCAUGCUUUUAAAAAUUGUAUUUAGGAAUUUUAGUGUCAAUUAGCCAUUCUGUUGGAUUGGCCAAAAAGUUCAUUGGGGUUUUGGAAGUUUUUGGCCAAUCCAAUACUUCACUUCUCCAAUUGAAACAAUGCUGAAAUCCCCCAUUUUCUUUCUUUUUCCUUUUCAUUAAUAAGUAACUAAUUAUAGCUAUUUUUUCUACUUGGGUAGAAUGAACAGUUACAAUGAAAAGAGAUUUUUGAUGAAUAGCCCUCCUAGAUGGGUUCUUAAUUUUGGUAAAGAUGUGUGUAUUCCUGCAGAAGAUUCUGUUUCUUUUCCUUCUCCGGCUGCGUUGGGUCUUCGUUGCUGAGCACGGGCUUACUCUACUUGCGGGUGAGCGGGGGCUACUCUUUGUU